AUGCAACAACAGUACGGCGGUGCCGUGUAUGUGGUCCCACGAGAAAAGAGUGUUAUGGUUAAAUGGGGUCAUAUGUCCACACUUGAAGCAGAUCUGCUGUGCAGCCGCAUACUAUUGGAUCGAUGUCCUCGAUGGAAAUAUUGGAUCAAUCUGACGGGUCAAGAAUUUCCAUUGAGAACCAACUGGGAACUGGUUCGUGCACUGACCAUACUCAAUGGGUCGAAUUUGAUCAGCGCGACAUACAAACAUCGAAAGAUGGAACGAUUCCCACUACAUGUGAACUUCGAGUUUCCACUCACGUGGUACAAGGGAAUCGCUCACAUCGUAGCUCGCCGGGAAUUUGUGCACUUUGUACACAACGACGAACGCGCCAAACUAAUCCUGCGAGUACUGCGUGAAUUCGAGCAAUCCAAGAAGGUGGGCAUUAUCGCAGAUGAAACGUACUUCCCCACCCUGAACCACAAUCCCGCAUCUAUACCAGCACCAGGCGCGUUCUUGGGCGUACAUGAAACGGGUGCAUUUAAACCACCUAUCCGAGUCAAAGUAUGGUCUGAUCAAAACAUGCCUUGCCACAGUGGCAAAUGGGUCAGGACCAUCUGCAUGCUGGGACUGCACGAUGUGGACUGGUUGAUGGACAGACCUGAAUUUUUUGCCAACAAAUUUGUACCAUCAGUGGAGCCAGAAGGCUAUACCCGCCUGGAGUGGUGGUUGUCCGAGAAAGUGAAAUACGAAGCUGCGAUUGGUGACCUGCAUCCUUCGUUCAACACAACACAUUAUCGUUCACUUGAAUUGCGGUGGAAUCAUUUGUGAAUGGCCUGCGCACCUCGUGUUCACUCUUUUCCCAUCUAUCAGCUUAUGCUUUGCCGCAUGCUUUCUUUUCAAGUAAUCAUCUGCCCGCUCUGUAUUGUUCCG